AGAUAACAAAACUAGUAGUCUUUGAUUUUAUCCUUGUUUAAAAGUGCACAAAGCUGUGAUAAAUCUGUUUUGCUGUGAUAAAUCCAACAUCUUAUGAUGUCUAAUAACUACACGUGCAUAACAUGCCAGGUCCUUUUCAAAACAGCUGAAUUACAGCGAGAGCACUAUAAAUUGGACUGGCACCGAUAUAAUUUGAAAAGAAAGGUAGCUUCCAUACCGCCGGUGACAUUGGAGGAGUUCGAGCAACGGGCCAAAGAACACAGGGAGCACAGUCAAAAUGCUGAUCGCGACGAAUCGGAGUACUGCCGAUGUUGCUCAAAGUUGUUCAGUACUAAAAACACAUAUAACAACCAUCUAAACAGUAAGAAGCAUAAAUUGGCUGAAGAGAAGAAUUUGGGUAGUGAGAAGCAAUCAUUUACUAAGAAUGAACCUAGACAGUCUGACAGUGAUAGCUUUGAAAAAGUUGAAGCUGACAAGGCAGCUUUACAUCCUGGAAAGUUUGUUGUCGUGAAUGCUGAGGACUCUGCAGAUGAGGAUAUUGAAACCGAUUCUGAAAUUGAGGAGCUUGAUUCUGAUGAAUGGGAUGAGCUGAGAGUCAAAGGCAGUGACUCCCUCAUAAAGCCAUGUGACUGUCUGUUUUGUGGUCAGCACAGCAAGAAUAUGGUGAAGAACUUAAGACACAUGUCUGCGGCUCACUCCUUCUUCAUUCCUGAUGUUGAAUACUGUGUGGAUAUCAAAGGACUACUGCUAUAUCUUGGGGAAAAGAUUUCGCGCGGCUUCAUGUGUCUGUGGUGCAAUGAAGUAGGUCGCACAUUCUACUCCAUGGAAGCCGCUAGAGCCCAUAUGGUCGAUAAAGGGCACUGCAAGAUGUUACAUGAAGGUCUUGCACUGGCAGAAUAUGCUGAUUAUUAUGAUUACAGUGCAUCAUAUCCUGAUGGUGAGGAAGGGAACAACGAAAUGGAUGUAGAAGAAGUAGUAGAAGGUCCAGCGACAUUGGAUGGGGAUGACUUCCAACUAGUGCUGCCAUCUGGUGUCACGAUCGGACAUCGCUCGCUUAUGAGAUAUUACAAACAGAACUUGACUCAGAGCAGUCAGGCGCUAGUGAAGAAGUCGGACCGGAAGCUGCAUCGCUUGUUGGGAGUUUACCGAGCAUUGGGCUGGGCACCCAAGGAACAGGCGUUAGCUGCUAAGAAAGCGCGAGACAUUCACUUCAUGAAGCGCGUGCAAGCCAAGUGGCAGAUGAAGAUGUCGGUGAAGAACAACAAGUUCCAGAAGCAUUACCGGCCACAAGUCAACUUCUAGGCUACUCUUUUCGCUUGGAUAUUACGUGCUACUAGGUGUCGGCGGCCGCAUAGCAUUGUGCUGUGGUUGUUGGUUUUCUUCUCAUGCCGACCGUCGGCGCUGACAGGUCAAUAUGUAUGCGUUCUUGAAUAAAGAACCGUCAGCGCUGAUGAGCGAUAGGUGCGGAUAAUUUUUUUUUUUAAUUCCAUUACAAGUUACCCCUUUGACUGCAAUCUCACCUGGUGGUGAUGCAGUCUAAGAUCCAAGCAGGCUAACUUGGAAGGGAAAUUAAAAAAAAAUAGGUUCACUGAGAACUAUACCUAGUGCUAUAUUAUAUUGAAUUGUUUUAAUACAAGCUAAUCGUGGUAGUAUAAAGUAUACACCGCCAAGCAAUACGAAAGUGUAGUUAAUUUAUUUACCAUUUAUGAUUUAUGAGUCACUAGAUUCGCUAAAGAUAUUGGAAACAGGGUUGAACUUCAAAGUCUUAAUAUUGUAGUCCAAUAAACUGGAAUCCUUUAUCAGGCUUUGUAAGUCGAUCUUUAAUACAAUCACAAGCAAGUGUGAACUAUUAAGAACUGUCUUUAGGGUGCGUCUAUACGAACAACUUAUGUUUCCGCAACAGUUUUCUUCCACAUCACUUGUUGACACCA